AUGUCGUCACCCAUGUUGAUUCCCCGACCGCUCGAGGGUAAACUUGCCGUUGUUACAGGUGCUUCCAGAGGAAUUGGUGCAUCCAUCUUACGGGACCUUGCCACCAAAGGCGCCAACAUUCUCGCUAUCUACACAUCCAAUUCCUCAUCCAAAAUGAUGGAGGAGCUUGCCGACGAGCUGCGGUCUCAGCAUGGUGUGAAGAUUGUAACUUGCCAGUCCGACCUAAGCCAAGGUGAGAAAGCUGGCGCAGAGAUCGUCGACGCAGCCAAAUCAGCAUUUACCGAUGCCAACGGCAACCUCCUUAUCAACAUUCUGGUCAACAAUGCCGGAGUUGGUGGCGACUACCCGCUUGGGGAGGUGCCCGUUUCCGAGUUUCAUCGAAUCUAUGCUGUCAACGUGCUGGCUCCCAUCUGCGUCACCCAGGCCCUUCUGCCAUAUCUACCGCACGAUCGGUCAGGUCGCAUCAUUAACAUCAGCAGCGUGGCUUCAAGCAUGGGUUUCAGGACGCACACGCUCUAUGGCGGCACUAAAGCUGCUCUCGAAGCCAUGACCCGCACCUGGGCUCGCGAGCUUUCCGAGAGGUGUACCGUUAACGCCGUCAACCCCGGCCCUGUGGAGGGCGACAUGUACUUCGCCGCCGGCGAGAAAUUUUGGAAGCAGAUGGAGCCCUUCCAGCUGGCCUGCCCACUAUCCGCAGUCCGCGAAGGUGUUGAUGACCCCAAGCUGGUCAAGCUGGCAGUGGAAAAGAUGGCUGGGCGGCGACCUGCGUACUGGUCUGAAAUUGCUGCAGUCGUCGGGAUGCUGUGUGGCCCCGAUUCGGCUUGGACAACUGGAAGUGUCAUCUGUGCCAAUGGAGGCCUCAAGUUCCAAACUUGA